AUGGCGCCCACAUACAGCAUGCCGUACACUCCCGCUGAUUACGUCGCUUCCGAAGCACUACUUCCUGAGGAAUUCUUCGGUUAUGCCGACAUCCCAACUCUAGUGAAGAUUCACGAGGUUCUAUGCAAUAGCGAAACACAGGAUGACGUCGAGCUCGCUACGUGGAUACAGGAAAGAUAUCUCAGCGCCCCCAGGAACGCUUCCGAAACAGAACUGAUGCGUACCGCGCAGGAGUUCGGCAGAUUGGACAGGGCUUACCGUAGGGUGAGGUCUCUUAGUGGCAAAACCCAGGACAAAUGGCCAAUUCUCGACCUACAUUUCAAGGAGAUGUCAUCAGCUAUGGUUCGAAAUAACGCGCGCAGUGAAGCCGCUCCCGGAGUUUUGUUCUCAAUUGACGGAUUGCAGAAGAAAGCUUGUCUAGCUGGGCAGCCGCCCAACGGAUUUGUCACCCCUGAUGAUCUUGCCUCACAAUCGGAUGUUCAUGCAAUGUCUCAGACCGAGCCACCCCCAUCAGGCUUGCCUAAAACCGAGGAAGCUCUUGGCCAAACCUCACCUAACGACAAGAAUGGCGCUCUUCUAUCAAAUCCCAUAGGCGGUAUCAUAUCGCGCAACAUCAGCUCCAACCCCAGUGGGGACUUGCAGGCAGAGUCGGCAGUACGAGAUGCGGGCGCGGGUAAGGUUCGCGGCCCAAAUGGACGCUACCUACCCAAGGACGAUGUCGAGCCAGAGACCAAAAAAGCUAAGAAGCCGAAGAAGGCAGUCAAGCCCCGUACGGGCUUGAGAAAUAUGAAGAAACAGGAAUCACCUGCACCAAACGCAGUCGGCGAAAAAACCGAGACUGCACCAGCCGAAGAUGAAGAUCUGAUGGCAGAUGUCCAGCCGCCUUCGCCUCCAGUGUCUAGCCAUGAGGUCGAGGAGAUGAAUGGAGUGGAAGAUGUCACAUCUGUCAAUCCAGCUUCUGAGAUCGUCGUACCAUCCACAACUGAUCUGGCUACAUCCCCUACAGCCGUAAACGAGCAAGAGGCCGAGAUGGAGGAGGAAGUAGCGUCUGGCUCGGGAUCUGCCUCUGCGUAUCUUCUUGCAGCUGCGGCUGAUCCAGUACCGUCAAACUUGGACAAGCUACCUCCUAACUCUAGGAAGUCCAUCAAAAGAAAGAGCGAGCCAACUGCCACGUCUGGAGACCGUAAGCGGGGUAAACACGGCGGAAUAGUCGGCCGCCCAAGGAAGUCCGAGCAGCAAGGAAGCGACACAUCAGAUCAAGCGCCAGUUCAGCAAGAAGAUGAGAACGUCACAAGGACAGAAGAUCCACCUCAGAUGGUAACGCGUCGAGCCACGCGACGCUCUGCAGCCGCAAAUCUGAACGCUUCCGAAACCAGCAAGCCAGAUGCGACGUCAACGGCAAACUCUCCUAUAAAGGCACCAGUCGACCAGCCGCUCUCAACUUCGAAAAAGCCAUCGAAAUCCAAACGAAACCCAAGAAAACCAUCCGCUCCCGACGAAGACGAGAUUAUGAGUGGGACCGAAGAUGGCGCAACGGCUAGUCGUGAGGAGACUCUUAAGCCUACUCCCAUUGUUAGAGAAGCCAGCUCUACGCCUUCAUACGCUUUGGGAAGCGUUGCAACCUCGCAGCUUCCGGAUAAUCAUUUCUUGAGCAUCGGUAUUAGCAGGACCAGCUCCCCCGCCCUUCAUCCUCAGCCGUCUUCGCACCAGCCCUAUCAAUCACCUUAUCAGGCGGUGCCACCAACGCCACCACCUACAGUUGUUGCAAAAGCGCCCCUCAUGAACGGCACAACAUCAAAGUACCCGCCAGGUCACGUGGAAUAUCUCGCUCGCAUCACUACAAGCAACGGCAGCACAAUGGACUUACCGAUCGAACAAAACCAAAUCGAGAGCACAGAGAUGGAGGUGAUCAAGAGAUAUGCCGAGUACAACGCUGUACCCAACGCGGUGCCAGUAUUGUAUCCUCAGUUCCGGAAUAUAUGGGCUUUUGCGAAAAAGGACUAA